CUUUUUCCAUCCGUGAAUUGGUUUAGACUAUAAUGACAGAAGUUAGUGUGUGGUUGACUUUGUAAUGGGUAUGAAAUGUUUUCACCACUGUUCAAAGCUUUUAAGUUGCACCAUGAAAAGUGGUCAUGGUUGCCAUUCCCUUACAGACCUAUAUAUAAGAGCACAAACCCCUACCCCUUUAAACCUCAAUGUGCAUUCAUCAUGGAUUCUAGUUUUAAAACCAUUGCUGUCAUUCUCUUACUCUUUCUAGGCAUUUGUGCAGGAAGAGAUGCCAAAGGCUUCAGGAAUGUUGUAAACCCUACAAACCCAUCAAAAGAGGUGAUUGUGGAAAUGAAGAUGAGAGACCUGACAGAAAUUGAUGCUUUUGUGGACUAUGAAAAGCCAAUGCCAAAUCCUAGGCAUGAAAAAGGGAAGCCAGGUGGUGGUGCUAAUAAGUGACUGCCUUUCCUUCCUUCAUUUCCCUACUAAUGUCACACCAAGAGGAGUAAUAGGAAGGUUAAUGUCAGAUCAUUAUAUCAUAAAUAAAAUUAAGGAGAAAUUUUGAGAAUGAUGUGUAAUUUCCUAUGUUGGAUGGAGUACAGAUCAUGUCUAGCUAUCUAACAAAGUUUAUCAUCCAACAGAGAAGAAUGAGUUUUUGGUAGUGACAAGACAUCAUGUUCUGGGGACAAACAUAAGGAAGGGUUAAACUGUUGGAAGUGAGCAGAAUGGCUUCAGUAAUGUAUUAUAUAUAUAUCUAUAUAUAUAUGUGUGUGUGUGUGUGUAUUUGUGUC